AAAGGUUUAAUUAAGCUACGUAUUGCUGUACAAGGAAUAAUGCUUUAUUAUGUCACAUGGAUAAGAAAAAAAACUUUCUCUCUGAGAAAGUAAAAUAACUGCCUAUAACAGACAUGUUCAUCAUUUAUUAAAGGAGGUUUGCUUUUUUUUAAUAAAAUAUUCAAAUUGGUCGAAGCAAUCAUUAUGAGCCCUAGAAUAUCCAUCAAUUUUUAUUGAACCGUCGAGUAAGAACAUUGCGUGAAUCUCGAAAUAGAGAAGAUAUAUUUUUGUACAAGUUGUAAACAUAAUAUAAAUAAAUGGAUAUUUUCAACAGUCACUUUUACAAAACAAAUUCGUUUUAUUUAAAAUUAUUGGGACUAUGGCCUCUCGGCGAUGUCUCGAACAAUCGAAUCAAGCGAGUAACAAUUAUAUCCUUAACAAUAUCUUUAAUGAUACCACAAGUAAUAAGGCUUGUUGAAGAGUGGGGUAAUGAUAUGGACAUUGUCAUCGAAGUUAUUGGCUCUCUAAUCUAUUUUACGGGUUCUCAAAUAAAAUACAUCACUUGUGUGAGCGUUGAGUCUCAGAUGAAAUUUCUGUAUGAAGAGAUAGCAAGGCAUUGGAAAACUUUAACAAGCGAAGAAGAAAAAAAAAUUUUAAGCCAAUAUGCGCAAGAUGGUUAUGACUUGGCACUUGGAUAUCUCAUAUCGAUAAACAUAAUAUUAGUUGGGUAUAUCACUCUGCCAUUGGCACCGAUGUUGCUCGAUAUUAUCGAUCCAUUGAAUGAAACACGACCAAAAGCAUUUCCGUAUUUCGCCGAAUAUUUUAUCGAUGAUCAAAAAUAUUAUUUCGAACUGACCGUCCACGGAUGGAUCGUCUGUAUUCUAUCGGUGCAAAUAUAUGGGACCUUUGACGCAACAUACACACAAUUGGUUCAACAUUCCUGUGCGCUUUUCGCCAUUGUGGAAUAUCGCCUGAACAAAGCAACCAAGAUCGAGCCGAGUAUUUCGAGCGUCAAGGAAAAAGACGAAGCCAUAUACAAUGAGAUGGUCGAUGCCAUUAUUUACCACAAGCAAGCCAUUCAGUUCGUCGGUCUCAUAGAAAAAUGCUACACAUUCGUAUUCUUUGGUGUGAUUACUCUUAACACAGCGGUUGUCAGCCUCGCCGCAGUUGACACCAUGCUGAACUUGGAUAAAGGCAAUCACAAGCAAAUGAUAAGAAUCGGUUUGCUGUACAUCGGAUUUUCAUUCCAUCUGCUGUACAACAUGUAUCCCGGCCAAAAAGUGAUAGACAGCAGUACUCGCAUACAGCAAGCUGCUUUCCAUUCCGAUUGGUUCAAUACUUCUCCGAAAACAAAGCAGCUGAUAAGGAUCAUAAUGCUACGCAGCAUGAUGCCAUGCACGUUGACAGCCAAGACUUUGGUCGUGUUAGAUCUGGAGAGUUUCGCAUUUGUGUUUAAAAAAUCCAUAUCGUACGUUACGAUGAUCGGUUCGAUGCGAUAACUUCGAUUCGACCUUGUAUUAUAUCUGUAUCUGUAUACUUUUAUGAAUGUAUAUAUUUUGUACUCGUAUAGGCAUGGAAAAUUAUUUUUAAUACACACGAAGGCGAAUGAAGACAAAUGUAUAUCCAACUCGUAAACAAGAAACAUAUUAUGUACGAUAAGCAAUAAUGCAUCGCAAAUGCGGCAGAUGAUAUAUUUUUGUGGAGGCGUAUACAUGUUCGUAGUGAUUGUAAACUCGCAAUAUAAUAAAACGAUAAACUAAAAGUU